GAAUCUUUAAUAGAAAGAUUAAAUCCUUUUUAUUCCUUCUCGCCUCUCCUUUUAUUUAUAUAAUUAACUUGUUAUUAGAAAUACUUUUUUUUAUAAGAAUUUAACCUUAGCCGUUCAUUUUAUAAGGUUCGUAAAAAACUGAAAAUUCUCUAAAAAAAAUCCUGAAAUUCAUUUGCUAGCUAGUUCAUUCAGAUAACCCUAUGAAAUCCAUAUCCAAAAGUAGACCACAGGCUGAGUGACACGUGUCAAAAUAGUAAUCACCCGUUGAUAAACAAUCGUCGAUAACAUCAUCUCCACUGAACCAUUCCUGCAUUCAGCCCCAUCGAAUCAAGCAAACUGUGAAGAGCAUUUGAUCCAGAUGGCAACCACAGUGAUGUCUUCAUUGACCCUCAAGCCUUCUUCUCCAUUUGCACCUGUGAAGGGUCUUCCUUCCCUUCCCGCCAAAACCCCAUUCAGGGUUUCUGCCAGUGGUGUCAAGAAGAUCAAGACUGACAAACCCUACGGAGUUAACGGUGGAAUGGCAUUGAGAGAUGGCCUAGAUGCAUCUGGAAGGAAGCCAAAGGGAAAGGGUGUUUACCAAUACGUUGACAAGUAUGGUGCUAAUGUUGAUGGAUACAGUCCUAUCUACAAUGAAGAUGAAUGGUCUCCAAGUGGUGAUGUCUACGUUGGCGGUAAAACUGGUUUGUUGAUUUGGGCUAUUACUUUGGCUGGAAUUCUAGGUGGUGGUGCUCUUCUGGUUUACAGCACAAGUGCUCUAGCACAGUAAUUGUAUUUGCAUCCAUCUUGUUAUUGUUAUAAGUGAUUGUUUAGAAUAUCAUGUCAAAUACAAGAUCAAACUAUCAAAACCUUGUACAACUACUUUUGUACUUUUGCAUUAAGUACAUAAUGUGUUUUUCUUAUA